AUAUAUACGUUGACGAAUUGCAAAUACCAAGACCUUCGACAGGUGACCCUCACGGGCAAAGUGAGCCUUAAGAAACAAGAAUGCCCAAAACAAUUGUCAAAACGUGACAUGAAUUGAGCACGGAAGAAUACAUUCACUGAAUGAAGAAACCACAGAAGGUCAAAUCUGAUGGCCCCAGCCUGAGUAGCGCGAGCAUCUGUUGAAGCUUGGCGCUAGCUCGAGACAAGCCAUCAGAGCUGCCAAGACAUUUCUGGAUUCAAGUUAUUACAUUGUGACUGAGGAAAAAUAUUUAUACAUUUCAACACGACCGCUACACAUAAACAUGAGCUUAGGAGCAGAGCUACCAUCCAUCAGACCUCAAGCAGCCAGUACAACGGAGGACCCAGAACCCCAGAACCCCAACCAGGUGACCCAGUCCACCAACCAGGUGACCCAGUCCACCAACAAGGUGACCCAGUCCACCAUCCUCUACCUCCUCCAGGAGGCUACCAUGCUAGCCCGCCCUGCCCCCGACAGCUGCUUUGACUCCAAGUCUUCAACUAGACCCGGCGGAGAACCUAAGCAUAACUCCGUUUCCCAUAAGCCCCCUCUUCAAGCCAUUUCCUUCCUUAAGUGCAACCAGAACCAGCGGGAGAAUGACUCUCCAUGCACAUCCACCUGCUCCGAGUCCUCUCAGUCCAGCGCUCGGUGCAGCAGUCCCUGGGAGGUCAUGAGUCUCAUCAACCUCCAGUGCGAGAGGCUCCUCCAUUCGAGCGACCGAGAGGAAGACGACCCAAGCUUAGGCCCCGCGUUUUCUCCCUCCUACGCCGCAGCCCUAGGGUCCAAUCUGGGACGCGUGAGCACCGGUGUAGGCCUUGUCUAUCCUUUUGACACGGCGAGAGAGGUAGCCGCCUGUAUCAGGUCCAGCGACCAGAUGGGUGACAUGAAGGAAAGUGGCAUGAGCAGCAGAGCGGAGGCUGAGGAGCAGCGGCGUUCACCCAAGAACUCGAUAACAGACCAGUCUGUUCCAUCGCAGGCAUUCGUCAGUGUCACAUGUGGAGACGUGGGCAGUUCCGGUUUCGGAGAUGCAUGGGCGCGCGUAAGCCUCGGCGCCGAAAAGGAAGAGGAGGAGGAGGAGGAGGAGAAGGAGGAGGAUGCCUCGGUUGAGAAGGACAUAUUAAAGGAGCCUUGCUCUGGAAGUGUUUUAGCACUCCAACAUGGUUCACCUGCACCCGAUGAUAUCCCUGUACCACAGCAUCAACAGCUGCCGUGUUGGUCAGCCGAAGAAGAACACCUGUAUCCAGCACGACCCUCGGCAACCACCAUGGCGUACCUGGCAUCGAGCUCAGCAUUGACACUGGACUUCGACUCCAACCUCUGCGUCACCUUUGACCCCCAGGACGGCGUGAAUCAGCCCCAGAGCUCCUCGCAAGCCCUAUCGCUCAUAUUGAGCGGUGAAACCGGGCAAGCCGAAGACUCGGCAUUGAGCCAAAAUGGCCGUCCAGCCGCCUCAGAACCGGAGGCCGAAGAAGGUUCCAAGCAGAAGGGCCCAACCCUCGAGCGGUCUGCCUCGUCUGUGACCCAGUGGAGGACCAAGACCCCCAGGAAACAGCCCUGUCCUACCCGCAGCGUUGACGUGCGCGGCGGGGGCGUUCAGGGCGUGACCUUCCGGAUACACACCGAGGUGGACGACAACAAGGAGCAGUGUCGGCUUCUGAUAACCUCCAAAUACAGUGACGAGCUCUCCAAAAGCGUCCGGAAGUCGAGAGUCAGGUCAAGGUCGUCCCAGAGCUCCUUGAGGACCAGCAGUUCUGACGAGGAGAGCGAUCCUUCCACCAGCCUCCACAAGAACAAGAUGUGUGCUUCCUGCCGCACCAAGAAGACCCCCUUGUGGAGAGACGCCGAGGAUGGGACCCCCUUGUGUAACGCUUGUGGAAUAAGGUAUAAGAAGUACAGAGUGCGUUGCACACAGUGCUGGCACAUCCCCAGGAAAGAGGGCCACUCCAACACGCGCUGCUUCAAGUGUGGCGACCUCCUCCGGCUGGCCUCGUCCCACCGCAAGCACCCGGCCUGGUAGCCCAACCGACGACGUGCUCGAUGGGAAAAACGAGACGCCACGCCCGAUGGCGCUAUCGUGGACGACUGCGGGCACUCAGUAAUAAGCUAGCCCCUUCCCUUGUGGUACGUGGCCAUGCCGACAGGCUCUGCGGCUCUUUGGUCGGUCCCCUUUGAGUCAUGUUAGCCUGUCACGUCACUUCCUGUGAGCUGCCCUCCAAGUCGCACUGUUGGUUUGCUGCCUGGUUGUAGAUAACACACUAUGCACUGUGCUGUAGCAUAAAUACACACGUACUACCUCUGAAAAAUACUCGAACUCUGCACUAAAUUGUCUUAUUUAUUAGCACUUAUCAUAUAUCUUGCUCUGGGUCUACACAUAAAUGAAUAAACAACAAAAAUGUCCUAAAAUUCUAACUAUAAAAUACAAAUAUAAAAGACAAUACUGGCAACGUUUUUUUUCUUUCUAUGGAACUCUUUUCCAUAAGGUUCUUAUACUCUACAGGCAAGAAGCUGGGGUGUUCAUUCUGGACAGAACUUCUAACAAUAAACUGCCAGUCAUACACAGAACUGUAACAGCAUUGCCUUAAAUGACAUACUGUCCAGCUGUUAGAUACAAGUUAAAUUAAUGUUGGUAUCUAGUUGUUUAAGUUAGAAAUGUAAACUUUCAAGUAAAGAUUUCGAGUUGAAUUAAGUUAUAUAUUGCUUUGUAUUUGUUGUCUUUUAUAUUUGUGCUGUUUUUCCUCCUUUUCUGAAUGAUGUGUUGGGGCAGUUCUUGUUAUUAUUUUCUGUCUGAAACUAUACCUCAAAAUAGCGAUAAUUUAGCUGGUCUAUGUCUGGAGGUAAAAACAAAAAGAACAGUGGUGGAGUAAGGAUUUAUAAAACUCUUAUUAAAUCAUCUUAUCUGA